GGCACUAAAAAACAUUUGACGGAAAAUUGACAUUGACAGUGACAUCUGAAAAAUUUUCAAUAGAAUCAUUGACAGCCAAGAAAAUUAAAUUACAUUUUAAUUAAUAAAGUUGGCAAAGAAAUAAUCGCAUUAAUACAUAAUCUUCUACAUCUUCUUAAUUGUCGCCAUAGAGUGGUGAGGGAUACGCCCUGUUUUGCGAGGACAGUAUAGUUGGAUUUAGCUUUCAACAUAGGCCUAUCAGACACUGCCGUUAUGGAUAUGAUGGUAUCGACUUUGCAACAGCAACGCGCUGUUACAGAGCAGCUGAGACGGGAGGCUUCGAUAAAACGGAUUCCCGUUUCUGUGGCUGUAUCCGACAUAGUACGAUUCAUAAAUGAACACGAACAGGAGGAUUGUCUACUCGUCGGAUUUUCCAGUCAGAAAGUCAAUCCUUUCAGAGAGAAAAGUUCUUGCACUGUUCUGUAAGCUUCAGCUGUUCAAAUUGAUCAGCUAAUAUUAUUAUUUGUAAGUCAUUUAUUGUCUGAAACAUUUUCGUUCAGUGAAUCAAUUUCUUCGUAUUAUAAUAUAUGUAUGUUAUUGUGAAAACUUAAAUGUGUUCUAUUUUUCUUGCAUAAGUGGCUGCAUGAACAAAAUCUCAAAUUCAAAUUGAUACACAAUGUGAACCUAAUAACUGUAAUUGUGAUUCUGUAAUUUACUGUUUGUAAUUUAUUAAAUGAAAAACUAAACCAAGA